ACUCCAAGAAAACACCCCCUCCCUCCUAGACGGGAGAAAUCAUAAAGCUGAGAUCAGAUGUAGGGCAGGAGGGAUGUGAGGACUGUCUGAGUCGAGGGAUAUUUUUUGCGGAGGUGCCGGCUGAUAUUUCGUUGUCCGUGCAUAUCUGCUGGAGUUGAGGCUCGUGGACGCGGAUGCAGCGUUGGUUGGUGCUGACUGACUGACUGACUGACUGACCGACCGGUCGGCGCUGGGAGAGAUGCUGGCGACAGGCCGAACCUUUUUAACGUCCUCCCGUGUCGUGGAUGGAGACCAAAGCCAGAAUAGCUGAAAGACAGUAAGUCGGGAAACGAGAGCAACAGUCCGGUUUGUUCCAGUCUGUAAACAGGAGGGACCGGACCGGAGGUUUUGAGAAGGAGCGGCGGCGACAGAGGCACAGGCACCGGCGGUGGCGACGGCAUGUUCUGAGUAGAGAGCCGGCGAGCGGCGGCGGCUGGCGGGAUGAAGGCGCCGAGGAGACCGAGGCAGACGCGGCUCCUCCCGCGGUUCUGCUUCUGUGGAGUCGGUCUGCUCGCAGCUGCCUGGAUCUUUCACUUAAACGAUGUUACAGCCUCCCAUGGAUCCACUGUGGAUCAUGACAUCUCCUUGUCCAAAAGAGAGCUCAUCCAGCAAGACAACAACCAGACUGCCAGUAUUUCUAGAUCAGCUAUCAAUGAGUUCCCUGAAGAUAUCUUUACUCUGGAGCAGAGGAGACAGGGAGCGAUGAUCCUCCAUGUUCUCUGUGCUAUCUACAUGUUUCAUGCACUGGCCAUCGUGUGUGAUGUUUACUUUGUGCCAUCACUGGAAAAAGUAUCAGAGAACCUUCAGCUCAGUCAGGAUGUUGCCGGGGCAACCUUCAUGGCCGCUGGAAGCUCCGCCCCUGAGCUCUUCACCUCUUUGAUUGGGGUGUUUAUCACGAAGGGAGAUGUGGGCGUGGGGACUAUUGUGGGAUCAGCUGUCUUCAACAUCCUGGUCAUCAUCGGCAUCUGUGGCAUCUUCUCCAGACAGCCCAUCUCUCUGAGCUGGUGGCCUCUGUUUCGUGAUGCUGUUUUCUACAUCCUGUCCAUACUGGUGCUUAUCCUGGUCAUCUAUGAUGAAAAAGUCAUGUGGUGGGAGACCAUCAUCCUGAUCUCUAUGUAUGGAAUCUACAUAAUCAUCAUGAAGUUCAACAGAUCUCUGUGCAGCCUGGUAGAGAGACACUGCAGCAGGGCGGGUCAGCCGUGUCUGAGCACCCUGCGACGGACGACCGCCGUCGGAAACGUCGGAGACUGUGACAACGACAUGGUGCCGCUGAAGCCAGACUCAUGUGUGGUGGCCGGUCAGGACUCAGGGGUGGUGAUGGUGGAUGAGAUGCUGAACCUGCACCCCCACCAGCUCUCCUUUUCAGAGAGGCAGAGGCUGAUUCGGGCUCGAGUCGGUCCCGAGGAAGGGGGAGCCGCCUCUGGGGAGGAGGGUUUGGGCGCCAGCGGCCCGUGGGGGAGGGAGAACGGGGCGGUGGCGGCCGAGGGAGACAGGCAGACGCUGGAGGGAGACAGGGAGAGGGCUAAAGAGACUGUGGUGGAGACAGGUGGGGGAGCACAGUCUAAAGAGGAAGAGGAAGAGGAGGAAGAGCAGGAGGAAGGAGAGGAGGAGAACGCACCUUUCAAACCCUUCAUCCUGCCAGAUGGCUGGUGUGUGCGUCUGAAGUGGCUGCUCUCCUGGCCCGUGAGCGUCCUGCUUCACUGCACCAUCCCCGACUGUAACCUGCCGCGGUGGGAGCGCUGGUACCUGCUCACCUUCCUGUCCUCCACGCUCUGGAUAGCCCUCUUCUCCUACCUCAUGGUCUGGAUGGUGACCAUAAUCAGCUACACGCUCGGAAUCCCAGAAGUCAUCAUGGGCAUCACUUUCCUGGCGGCCGGGACCAGUGUCCCUGACUGCAUGGCCAGCCUCAUCGUCGCCCGACAAGGGAUGGGGGACAUGGCCGUGUCCAACUCCAUUGGCAGUAAUAUCUUUGAUGUGCUGCUGGGGCUGGGCUUCCCCUGGGCACUGCGGACUCUCAUAGUCAGCUACGGCUCAGUGGUGACGAUCAACAGCAAAGGUCUGGUAUACUCAGUGAUUCUGCUGUUGGCUUCAGUCACACUGACUGUCCUGUGUGUCCAUCUGAACCGCUGGAGGUUGGACCGCAGGCUGGGAUUCAGUCUCCUGCUGCUCUACGCCAUCUUCCUCCUCUGCUCCGUUGGCUUCGAGAGGCUGUAGAGGACACACACACACACUUACAGAGAAAAGGACACACCUGUAUGGUCAAAUACUCAGAUUUAUAUAAGUGGUCCGACUUGUUAUCCACCUUCACUGCUGCCAUUAUUAAUCCUACGUACAGGACAGAUGAAUUUCCAUUUCAUUUCAUGGUGGCUGUACAUGUUUGAGCAGCGUUAACACGACACUGGCUGCCUGAAAGCAACAUUGUUUACCUUUGAUAAACGAGUAUUUUACAUAGUUUUCUACCGAGCACCUCCAGCCCAGAUUUUAUGAAAUCAAACCGGACUGAUAAUGCACUAUGUCUCACAACAAAUUUAUAAAAUAUUGAAUUUGUAUUCUGAAACAAAGAUUAUUGUAUAAGGAACCCCAAAGUGUGUUAGUUUACUUAUUAUUACUUUAUGACUGCCACAAGUAACCUCAAUGACCAGAUGAUUAUACAUGUAAGUUUAUAUAGUUGCUUCUCAGUCUGUGCAGUUUAAUGUCAAGUUUUCAUCACGCCUUUGUGUCUGUAGCUGUAAAUGGCAUCGCAUGGCAUGAUCAUCAAUCACGCUCUGGAUAAUUGCACUAAGCCACUGUUGUCUUGGCCUUGUACAUAACGUAGCCCCCACCCACAACCCCCACCUCUUUCCUAAAAGCUUCUCAGCACAGAGGUUGUGGUUUUUGUGCUGGAACAAAGGCGACUGUAUGCUACAAGGUAUUUUUGAAUGUCUGUGUUUGGAGAGAGUCCUUGAGUGUAUGUUUGUUGAGUGCAAUAAAAAACGCUUUGUUCUGUGA